AUGGCAACGACGCCCGAUUAUAUAACACGUCAAAUAAAAAUGCACAGUCAAUGCAAGUCCGCAAGAAAAUCAGGUAUAAAACGAGCGGCAGGGGGAAAAGGACGGAAAGACAGUGGAGGUGAUGGCGCAAUACGCCUCUCUCGUUCACGAAUAUAUGUGCCGUCUCCCCGCCAUUACCGUCUAGCGAUCUGCGAUUCGUCUCCCCGACCGUCGUCAUAUCUACUCCCAGUCGAGUCCUGGCCGUUCCGGUGCAAGGUGUUGACCUCUUCUCCUGUUUCUCAAACCCUCAGUACCCGACAGUUCUCGGAUUCGUUUGAUCCGCGUUUUUUGCCCACUUUGGUGUCAAAGGGAGAAAUAUCCUCACGCUUUCCCGCUCAUAUUCUCUUAUUUGGCAGUCCCUUGUCUCCGGCAGCGCUAGAAGAGCGGUCCCGACUUCGCGUCACUCUCGAUAGCACGUUCCAAGUUGAUGAAAGAACGGCAUUUCGCGCGACGCAUACGAGAUGA